AUGUGGAGGGCGCCCGUCCUGCUCCUGCUGGGCCAGGUUUUCGUCUCCAGCUUUGCCAGCACCCCCCGCAGGCAGCGGCCCUACGCACCACUCGGGGGGCAAGUGUUCCUGGGUGCAGAUGCCGCGCAGGGGUUCUUGGGGCGCCGGCUCCUCUACAAUCACUGGGACUUCGAGCUGGUGACGCCGGGGAACCUGGAGCGCGAGUGCAGGGAGGAGGUUUGCAACUAUGAGGAGGCGCGGGAAGUCUUCGAGAACGACGUUGCAACAAAAGCCUUUUGGGAGACUUAUCCCCACAAUGGGAAAGGCGGGAGCUCAGACAGCCCCGGGGUGGACGUGGCCGGGCUGGUGGCCGGGCUGGUGGCCGGGCUGGUUCUGAUGAUCAUGGUCGGUGUCAUUGCCAUGUACUGGGUCAAGUACCGGUCCAAGGAGCGCAGGCACCGCAGCGUCCACGUGCCCCUGAAUCCCGACGUGCCCCUGACCUGCCUCCCUGGGGACCCCAAGCCGCUGGACCCCCCCGGGCUGCCCUCGUACCAGGAGGCACUGGAGGCGUCGGGAGUCCACGACGCGCCCCCCCCGCCUUAUCCCAGGGCUCCCAGCUCUUCCACCCAGCCCCGCUGA